AUGUUUAGCCUUCCAGAUGGAGACGAUGAUGAAUCAUCCAUUGGCUCACCUUCAUCACCUCCAAUAUCUACAUUGGCAUGCUUAGACUCUCCAAUUAAUUCACCAUCACCUCCAAUGUCUCCAAUUAUUACCUUUAAAUCUUCAUCAUCACUAAAUAAUAAUACAAAAAACAAAAAGGCUUUGAAUUCUCCACCCUCUCGGAAAACUAGUAAAUCGAAUAUUAUUAAUAAUCAACACCAAUAUAACAACAGCAUACAAGAGGCUAACAAGAAGAAUAGUAAUGAUAAAAAUGAUAAUGUACAUUAUAAUGUAAAUCUGACACAAAAUAAGUGGAGUAAAUUAUUACAAAGUAAUAUUGAUAUUCAACAAACACAACAAGAUAUGAAAAGAUCUUUUAUUAGAGGAGGAGGUGGUAAAACAAAUUCAUUCAAUCAUAAUAGUAAUAAUAGUAAUAAUAAUAAUAAUAAUAUGAAAAGAAAGAAGGAAUAUUCAAAGAAUGAUGAUGAAGAUGAUUUAAUUAGUCCAUUGAAAUAUUUAGAAGAUAUUCAAUUUUCUCAAAUUCCUUCUUCUUUAAUGACUUCAAAUCAAUCAUCAAAUAACAAUGAAUUAAAAUUAGAUUUAAAUGAUCAAGAUAUGAAUGAUUCAUUUCUAAAUGAUGAUUUUUCAUUAGAUGAUAUUAGUAAUGAAGAAAUUGCAAAACUUCAAACAAAAUCAAAUGAAAAUACUAAAAAUAGUAAUAAUAUUUUUUUAUCAAAAUUUAAAAUUACACCAGAUAAGAAAAAAUCACCAAAUUUAAAUUCAACAAAAUCAUCCUCAUCUACUACACCUACAUCUAAUAAUUCAACAACACCUGAACAAUCAUCAAUUGAAAAGAAACCUAAACAAGUUUUUAAAAUUAAAAAUAAUGCUGAUAGAAAAUCAAUGGAAAGAUCAAAAAACAAAUUUGAAAAUUGGUUAAAAACAAGUAAUUCAACUAGUCCUGAUAAAACUCAUCAAAUUUUGGAUGAAAAUAGUGAACAUUUAAAUCAAGAAUCAAAUCAUUGUAAUGAUAAUAAUAGUAAUGAUAAUGUGUUGGAACAGAACGAUGGAGAGAAAAUUACUGAUAAAAAUGUAAAUAAUAAUGAAAAUGUUAAUAUGGAAAUUAGUAAUGAUAAUGAAAAUAAUCAAAAAAAAAGAAAAUUAAUUACAAAAGGAACUUUAACAAUUAAGAAAAAGAAGACUAGUAGUAGUAAUAAUGAAAAUAUUACAACAACAAAUCAACAAGAUAAUACUACAUUAUCUAAUAUACCAAUGACUACAUCCACUACAAAUAGUCAUCAAGAUGAUGAAUCAAUAACAACAAGUACAAUUGUAACGGAAGAUAAAUCAGAAAAGAUAAUUAAAAAGAAAUCAAAUCAUGAUAAAACCAAAUCUAAAAAAUCUAAAAUUGAAAAAAUUAAAAUAUAUGAAAAAUAUAAUGAUAAUGCAGAUGGAUUAUGUUUUUCAAUGGGAGAAGAAUGUAUACAAUGUAAUUAUUGGAAUGAUAAAGAAAUGAUUGAAAAUGGAAUUAAUUCAUUAAAUGAAUAUAAAUGUACAAAAUGUAAUUCUAUAUUUAUACCUUGUUUAUUAAUACAAUAUGAUAAUGAUAAUAUUAAAGAUAAUUUAAUAAUAGAAAAUGAAUAUAAAAUUAAAUUCAUGUCUAGAGAUUUUAUUUUAACAGAAAUGAAAUUAUUUAAAAAAUUAACAUCAAAAUUAAUUUAUGAAAAGAAUUUAAAUUUAUUUUAUAAUUUACUUUAUCAUUUUGGAAGUAUUAAUGAAGGUAUUAAUUUCUAUCAAUCUAAUAAGAAGAAACAAAGUAAAAAACAAUCAUCAACAAAUACUAAACAAGUAGUUAAUAGUAGUAGUAUCAGUAGUACUGGUAGUAGUAAUACUAUUUCUGAACCAUUAUCUAAUAGUACUAACACUGGUAAACAAUCAUCAUCAUCAACAAGUAAAUCAUCUGAACAAUCACCUUCUUCUUCAUCAAAAAGUAAACAAUCUAAUAAGGAAUCAAAAAAGAAAAGUGAAUCUACAUCUCCAAGUAAUGAAAAAACAUCUAAAAAGAAAAAAACAACAAGUAUUGUAAAAGGACAAAAGAGUUUAUUUGAUUUUAUCAAGUAA